AAGGACAAGAAGAAACAACAGGAGAAGCAUCGGUCACUGGUGUUGAUGGACUACUCCCCCCUUCCCAUCGACAAGCAUGAGCCUGAAAUUGGUCCCUGCAGAAGGAAGCUGGAUGGAAUCAUUCAAAGUAUGAAAGACACCUCCCGUGUCAUGGCUCUUUCCCUCUACCUGCCUAACUGUGACAGGAAGGGCUUCUUCAAGCGAAAGCAGUGCAAGCCCUCCCGUGGCCGGAAACGAGGCAUCUGCUGGUGCGUGGACAAAUACGGCGUGCAGCUGCCCGGCACUGACUAUAGCGGCGGUAACAUCCAGUGCAAGGAUUUGGAGAACAGCAAC